GGCACAGACGUAGCUAAGCUUACAUAUGGAGACGAGGACUUCUCGCUACAGACGCCAUCAGACGUCUCCCUCAUAGAUCGGUUAACAAAUCCCACGAAUCAUCGAUACAACCCCGUAUUUUUCCGCAAGAUAACACAAAAGUGCGUCUCUGUGUAAGAGUACCAUCUCCACAAGGGAUUAAGGAAGUCUUGGUCCAAAUCUAUAGAGGAUUUCGUAAUUGGAUGUUCAUGUAGUGCAGAUGGUGGCACAAUGACCUCCGGGCAGAACAUGUUGAAACUGACCGCUCUCUGUCUCAUGCUCAUGUGUCAUCGAGGUGCCGGAGAGUUCUUCAGCAUCCCUGAACGCAUCGUCCCCGGGAAGAGUGACAAGUUGACCUUGAACUGUAGUCCUCUGUCUAGCAGCCGAGGCCGGGGACCAGUGCUGGCCAUUCUCAUCCGGAAGUCGAAUGGACAGCCCGUAAACCAGCAGGGAAGUUCACAGUUCGGAGGCUAUGGCGGAGGAGAAGCAUUUGCAUCCGUGCAACCGGCCAGUCCUAGUGACCAGCAACAGGAAGGUCAACAACAACAAGGUCAACCACAACUGGGUCAGUCACAACAAGGCCAAUCUCAACUGGGUCAAUCUCAACUAGGUCAGUCACAACUAGGUCAACAGCAACUGGGUCAGCAGCAACUAGAUCAGUCAAAUCUGGGUCAGCCACCUCUCCACAGCAGGUACCACCGUAGCCGGUCACGUCACAGAAGGGCAGCCCGGGCUCACCGCUCCCCGGAGUUCCAGUACUCCUCGCUCACGGGGUCAGGGGUCACCACCGUGCCGAACGACAACAGAGUGGAGGUGAGCGGCAGCCUAACUGAGCCCCCACACCUGAGCCUGGUGCUGCACGCCCCUGGUCAAGCCGACCUGGGGGAGUACGAGUGUCAGAUGACCUACAUGGGUCAAGGUGGGAGAGUGGACAUUGUCCGACAGACACGUACUGUCACUGAGGCCAUGGAGCUCUCAGUCAAGUCUCUGGACGGCCGAGUGCACGCUGUGGAGGCUCAGAUGGAGGCGUUUGUUGGGAUCGGGAAGUCCCUCCAGGGGGAGAGUCAGAGGGAAAGGGAGAAGGUGAGCAUGCUGGAGGAGGAGGUGGCGGCCCUCAAGAAGGAGAACAAGGAGAUGAUGGACAGCUUGGCCAGUGUCAACGCAGAGGUAAAGAUCCUCAAUGACAAGAUGAAGGAGAUGACAGAACAGCAUGGGGACCUGGUCAAGAGCAAUGAGGAACAGAAGAAGAAGAAAGAGGAAGAAAGGCAUGCAAGAGACUCUGAACGUUAUGGAGAUUCAAGUUCUUCCCAUGAUCGCGGCGAACAUCACAGACCUGCAAACUAAUGUACAAGCGCUGCAAGGUUUACGUCGACUCACCGACGACCAGAUCAUGUUUCUCCUUCGUCUGGCCUCAGAAGGAAGCGUUCCUAACGCUGGUGUCGAGGAAGUGCAGGAGUCUUCAGGAGCUGUUCCUGUCAGCAGCAAUGAACCCCAACAGGAAGGGGGAGAGGAGGGGUCAGAGGUCGCGGAAAGUGACGUCAUUGCUCCAGAGGGUCCAACGUCACCUGGUCCUAGCAAUGGAGGAGGAGGAGAAGAAGAAGAGGUCCAGGAGGGUCAAAGUUCAACAACUGUGGCUAACGUUUAUGACCAACCGGAGCAAAGUGAAGGUCGCACAGAAGAGGAGAAGCCUGAAGGUCAGGCAGAUGGAGAGAGUGAAGGAGGAGGAGAAGAAGGAGGAGAUGGGAAGGACGGAGGAGUAGGGGGAGAGGAAGAGGGAGAGGAAAAAGGAGCAGAUGUCGCUGGGGAGGAGAGUGAAGCAAGUUCUUCUGAAGAAGAAGGAGAGAAAGAGGGAAACGGAGCAGAGGAGGACGAAAGGGCGACGAGGAGUGAUGCUGCAGAAAGUCAAAACGCUGAGGCAGAGAAGGCUGGAGUUGAAGCUACUAAAGCCCCCGCUAGAGACCCGCCCGGUGUGCGGAUAUGCUAUGUCUGUGGCAACAACGCCACAGGGGAAGAGUGUACCCGCUCCACCAACAAACACACACAGGCGUGUCCGGCACACCUACAGACCUGUCUCACUGACGUCAUACAGGACGGCCACCGGAGGAACAUCUUCAGGAGAUGUGGAACCAUAGAGGAGUGUAAGGCGACCAGUGCCGCCUCGGACCCUGCCUGCCUCACCGACAACUUUAUGACGGCCCACAAGAUGGAGUGUCACUUCUGCUGUACCUCCAGCCGCUGCAACGACGGCAUCAUUCCCACCAAGAACUUCUACAACAGGGGAUGAGGACGGCCUGUUGCUGUUGUUUUUCUGUAGCUGUUGUUAUUGUUGUUGUUGUUGUUGUAGUUAUUGU